AUGCUGCCUUACCUGUUCCCUGACCUGUCCACCUUUGCUACAGUCGCCGAUCUUAUCACCCACCUUCGCACUAGUGAUGCUCGCCUGCGUGCCGCCCUUCCCACCGAGUUCUGCGCUAAGAACCCCCCUCCCCUGUACUGGGCACUCCACUUCAUAGUCACCCGUCUCCCUGACACCCUCAGCUCAGUGCGCGACUAUUUCCUUGCUCGCUGUCCCACUGAGCUCACUGUCGCCCUCCUAGAGGAGAAGCUGCUAGCAGCCGAGAAGAGCAUUGUAGCUGUUGGUGCUGCUCGCGGCGCUCCUCGCACCCCCAUCUUUGAGGGGUGCUCUCCCUCUCCCCUCGCUCCCUCCUAUGCUACUGCUGCUGCUGUUGACUUCCUUGGUGCUGAGUCUGCUGGCGCUGCUUCUGCUCCUGGUGGGAGGCGCCGCACCGGCAAGGGCAAGGGGGGCAAGGGUGGCGGGGGUGGCGCUGGGGGGGGAGGGGGUGGGGGAGGUGGGGGGGGAGGCGGUGCUGGAGGGAGCGGUGGCGGGAGUGCCGGUGGGAGUGGGGCCGGCGGCGGAGGCGGGGGCGGCGGCGGGAGCAGUGGCGGUGGUGGCAGCGGCGGCAGUGGCGGCGGUGGCGGUAGUGGCGGUGGCGGUGGUGGCGGUCGGAGCGGAGGUAGUGGCGGCGGUGGAGGUCGGAGUGGAGGCACCGGCUCGGGCCAGAGCUCCCAGCAGCAGCAGCGUCCCCAGUCGACCCAGCAGCUUCGUGAGUGGCUUGCUCAGCGUGGGACGUCGGGGGGCAGUGGCCGCUGUUCCUAUGUCAUUCGCACAGGUGAUCGCAAGGGGCAGACGUGUGGAAAGUUCCACACUCAGUACCGCUGCUUCUUCCGCCUUGACGACGCUUGGCGUGAGGAGAUGGGCGAGGAUGUUGAGCGCCCUCGCUGGGCUGAGCUGAUGAGGGCUGGUGUUGAUAUCUUUGCUCUUGACUAUGAUGCUAUUAUUGCUGCCAUGUAUGCAUUGACUGUUAGUGCCGAGGGAGACUGUUACUUGUGUGUGCCGCCUGACCCAGGUAUAGGGCCCGCUGCCCUAGGUACUAGUGAGUCUGCUCUCUCUGGUAUGGUGCCCCCUGUACCUGCUCCCUCCAGCACUGUCCCUGCUGCUUGCGAGUCUGCUCUCUCAGGUACAGCACCCACAGAGACUGCUCUCUCAGUCCUUGCCCAGUCCACCACUGUGCUCCCUUGUCCGGCGGUUCCGUCUGGCUCGUUGACGGGUUUCCACCUCCCCUCGUUCUCGACGAACCUGGUGAGCAACGCUGUCAUCCAGGAUCAGUGGGUUGACACCUUUACCCCUGGAGGACAGCGUGUGGCGAUCUGCACGUGCUCCAGGACCGGCCGUCACCUGGCUACGUUUACUCGUCGGCCGGGGUCGAGUCUCUACACACUGACCACUGCGUCUCCUCAGGACCACCGCCUGGGUCACCCCUCCUUGCCACGCCUUCGUGGCAUGCACCGUCGCCACCUUGUGUCUGGUCUUCCCAGGUCCCUCCCUCCCCUCCCUGCCUCGCCUGCGCCGCCUUGCCUUCCUUGCGUCGAGGGGCGGCAGCGCGCCGCUCCUCACUCCUCCUCGUUCCCCCCGACAGAGGCUCCUCUGCAGACCCUCCACCUGGACGUGUGGGGCCCAGCCCGCGUUCGUGGUCAGGGCGGUGAGCGGUACUUUUUGCUGGUUGUCGACGACUACUCGCGUUACACCACGGUCUUCCCCUUGCGCACCAAGGGUGAGGUCCCUGCUGUUCUGAUCCCUUGGAUCCGCACAGUUCGUCUCCAGCUCCGCCGCCGUUUCCGGACGGAUCUUCCUGUCCUGCGUCUGCACUCUGACAGAGGUGGUGAGUUUUCCUCCGACCUCUUGAGGACCUUCUGUCAGGCGGAGGGCAUCGAGCAGACCUUCACGCUUCCGGACUCCCCACAGCAGAAUGGGGUUGCUGAGCGCCGCAUUGGCCUGGUCAUGGAGGUUGCUCGUACCUCCUUGGUCCACGCGGCGGCUCCCCAUUUUCUGUGGCCGUUUGCUGUCCGGUACGCCGCGCAUCAGCUCAACCUCUGGCCCCGUGUCUCCUUGCCGGAGACCUCGCCCACACUGCGUUGGACGGGGGAGGUUGGCGAUGCGUCGCGCUUCCGGGUCUGGGUUUUACCACCCCACCUCGCGCCGGGUCUUCGCCUCUCAGGACGUCACCUUUGA